CGGCGGCGGCACCUCCUCAUCCCCCCCCCUCUCCUCCCCAGUUCCCAGCAUGGAGGCGCCCCCGGGAGCGGCGGGCGAGCCGGCGGGAUGGGCGGCGGAGCCUUUCGCGGAGCCGGAGCCCGGCGCGGAGGAGCUGGAGGCGGGCGGCGCGCUGGACCGCGUCCUGCGGGAGUCGGUCUGCCAGCAGCAGGGCUGGGUCCGCGUCUACGAUGUGAAAGGACCACCUACACACAGGCUGUCCUGUGGCCAGUCCCCCUACACUGACAUGACAACAUGGGAGAGGAAGUACUGCAUCCUGACGGACAGCCAGCUGGUGCUGCUCAACAGGGAGAAGGAGGUGCCCACGGAAGGGAUGCCGGAGCCGCAGGAUCCUUCCCGAGGGCGCUGCCUGCGCCGGACAGUCAGCGUCCCCUCCGAGGGCCAGUUCCCCGAGUACCCGGCAGAGGGGGCCGCCCAACUAGAGGUCCCAGCAGAGAGAUCUCCUCGCAGACGGAGCAUCUCAGGGACCAGCACCUCUGAGAAAACCAACUCCAUGGACGUUCCCAACACCUCUCCCUUCCGAGUACCAGGCUUCUUCAGUAAACGCCUGAAAGGAUCCAUCAAGAGGACAAAGAGCCAGUCCAAGUUGGACAGGAACAUAAGUUUCCGUCUCCCGUCUCCCAACAAUUCCGAGGACAGACCACGUGAGCUGCCCAAGCUGAAGGAGUCCCGUUCCCAUGAGUCUUUACUGAACCACGCCAACACCAUAGAGACUCUGGAUUUUGCAGCAGAAGAAGCAGUUUAUGUCAAACCACUCCACAGCAGCAUCCUUGGACGAGACUUCUGCUUUGAGGUAACCUACUCCAAGGGCAGUAAAUGCUUCAGUUGUUGCUCUGCAGCAGAGAGGGACUGGUGGAUGGAAAACAUACGCCGAAUAUCGCAGCCGAUGAAGGACAAUUGCCGUCGAGCUGAGAACGUGCUGCGCCUCUGGAUCAUUGAGGCCAAGGACCUGACCCCCAAGAAGAAAUACUUCUGUGAGCUGUGCCUUGAUGACACUCUCUUUGCCCGCACCACCAGCAAAGCAAAAGCAGACAACAUCUUCUGGGGGGAGCACUUUGAGUUCUACACUCUCCCACACGUUCAGAGCAUCACAGUUCACAUCUACAAGGACGUGGAGAAGAAAAAGAAAAAGGACAAGAACAAUUACAUAGGGCUGGUCAACAUUCCCACGGCCAGCGUGACCGGUCGGCAGUUUGUGGAGAAAUGGUACCCAGUGAGCACACCUACAGCCAACAAGGGGAAGUCAGGGGGGCCUUCCAUUCGGAUCAAGUCCCGUUACCAGACCAUCACCAUCUUGCCCAUGGAGCAAUACAAAGAGUUUGGGGAGUAUGUUACCAGCAACUACUCCCUGCUGUGCUCCGUGCUGGAGCCUGUGAUCAGCGUCAAGAACAAGGAGGAGAUGGCUUGUGCCUUGGUGCACAUUCUUCAGAGCACUGGGAGAGCAAAGGACUUCUUGACGGAUUUGGUGAUGGCCGAGGUGGAUCGUUGUGGGGAACACGAUGUCUUGAUCUUCAGGGAGAACACACUUGCUACCAAAGCUAUUGAGGAGUACCUCAAGUUGGUAGGGCAGAAGUACCUUCAGGAUGCCCUGGGGGAGUUUAUCAAGGCUGUGUAUGAGUCAGAUGAAAACUGUGAAGCGGAUCCCAGCAGGUGUUCUCAGAGUGAAUUAGCAGAUCAUCAGUGCAACCUGAAAAUGUGCUGUGAGCUGGUCUUCUGCAAGAUUAUCAAUUCCUACUGCGUGUUCCCUCGUGAGCUGAAGGAGGUCUUUGCAUCCUGGAAGCAGCAGUGCCUGAACAGGGGCAAGCAGGACAUCAGUGAACGCCUGAUCAGUGCCUCUCUCUUCCUCCGCUUCCUGUGCCCUGCCAUCAUGUCCCCCAGCCUCUUCAACCUCAUGCAGGAGUACCCUGACGACCAGACCUCCCGCACGCUCACCCUCAUUGCUAAAGUCAUCCAGAACCUCGCCAAUUUUGCCAAGUUUGGCAUCAAAGAAGAGUACAUGGCCUUCAUGAAUGAAUUUUUGGAGCACGAGUGGGGAGGAAUGCAGCGUUUCCUGAGGGAGCUCUCUAACCCGGAUACCAUCUCCAACAUGCCUGGAUACGACGGCUACAUCGACCUGGGCAGAGAGCUCUCGGUGCUGCAUUCCCUCCUGUGGGAGGUUGUGUCCCAGCUUGAUAAGGCAACCGUGGCAAAACUGGGACCCCUUCCUCGUAUUCUUGCGGAUAUCACAAAAUCAAUGACCAACCCCACACCCACGCAGCAGCAGCUGAAGCGCUUCACUGAGCACAGCUCCAGUCCAAACGUCACGGGAAGUCUCUCCUCGGGACUUCAGAAGAUAACCGAGGACCCCACCGAUGGGGACAUAAACAGACUGAAGUCUCCAACCCAGGAAAAUGUAGAUGGACAUUUUAGGGGCAAGACCUUACUGCUGGUUCAGCAGGCAUCCACCCAGAGCAUGACAUGCUCGGAUAAGGAUGAGAAGGUAAGUGUCUUGCCCAACGGACGUAGCAUCUCCCUCAUGGACCUCCAGGACCCUCACACGACCCACGGUGACUCUGGUUCCAUGAUGCACGACGUGCCUUUGCGCCUGGCCGGCAGCCAGCUCUCCGUCACCCAGGUGGCCAACAUCAAACAGCUGUGGGACACUCAGAGCACCCCCCAGAGCGCUCCCCAGGUUCGGAGGCCUCUGCACCCGGCUUGGAACCAACAGGGCAGCCUCCGGCCUCUCUCAUUCCAGAACCCGGUUUACCAGCUCAACAACCCGAGCCCGCCGAUGGCCAAGGCCUCUGUGGACUCCAGCCCGGAGAACCUGAGCACUGCCAGCUCCCGGAGCCGCAGCAACAGCGAGGACUUCAAGCCCAGCGGGCGCAGCAACAGCAGCCUGGAGGACUCUGCCAAGCGCAGCUCGCAGAGCGAGGACUCGUCCCGGCGCCCCACGGGCACGGACAAGCACGUCCCGGUGGUGCUGCCCCGGCAGAACAGCAGCAGCCAGGCCCAGAUCCGCAAAAUGGACCAGACCGUGCUGGGCACCAGGGCCAAAACGCUGCACACCCUGACACACAGCCCUUCCCUGCGCAGCACGGGCAGCAUGUCCGGGGCGUCGGGGGCCAUGGGCACUGAGCCCAUCCAGAACGGGAACCGCUCCCGGCACCAGUCCUCCUCCUCCAGGGAAAGCCCCGUCCCGAAGGUGCGGGCGAUUCAGCGGCAGCAGACGCAGCAGGUGCAGUCGCCUGUGGACUCUGCCACGUUGUCACCGGUGGAAAGGACGGCUGCCUGGGUCUUCAACAACGGCCAGUAUGAGGAGGCCAAGAAGGACACAGCACAGAGCCUGGAUGAUGUCAAGCACGCUGAGAAGUACGAGCAGGAGAUAGCGAAGCUGAAGGAGCGCCUGCGGGUGUCCAGCCGCCGGCUGGAGGAGUACGAGCGGCGGCUCCUGGUGCAGGAGCAGCAGAUGCAGAAGCUGCUGCUGGAGUACAAGUCUAGGCUGGAGGACAGCGAGGAGAGACUGCGCAGGCAGCAGGAGGAGAAGGACAGCCAGAUGAAAAGCAUCAUCAGCAGACUCAUGGCCGUUGAAGAGGAGCUGAAAAAGGAUCACGCAGAGAUGCAAGCUGUCAUUGAUGCAAAGCAGAAAAUCAUUGAUGCACAGGAGAAGCGGAUCGUGUUCCUGGACUCGGCCAACACGCGGCUGAUGAGCGCCCUGACGCAGGUGAAGGAGCGCUACACCAUGCACGUCCGGAAUGGGAACCCCCCCAAGCUUUCCAUCACGGAGAAUGGUGAAUUCAAGAACAGCAGCUUCUGACCUGCCCCCCGGUGCUGCCCACCCGCUCCGCGGAAGAGCCGAGACGGAGCAGACUCGAGACACCACCACCCACCCCCCCCUCCCCGUUGUCGUUGUUGUACAUAGUUCUGUACAUUGGAAAUUGUAUUGUUUAAAAACUGUACUGUUUGGGGGAAAAAAAAAAAAAAUUGUUCUAAAAUUAUUCUAAAGUCGUUUUAAGAUUGUAUUUAAAGAAAUUGUAUUUAAAAUCGUUUUAAGAUAGUAUUGUACAUUUAAUAAAGUAUUGUACAUUUUUUUUCAGUUUAAUAAAAUUGGAAAACCGAGUCUGAAGGGUGGGCUUUGAUUCCCCACUCAGGGCCAGGAGAAGCAGGCUCCCGAGAACAAGUCCUUCCGGAUCACUGUGUAAAUAGAGGGAGCUCUUGGGUCGUGUACAGAAAAUGCCAAUGUAAAAUACCAAAAGGAGGUGAAUACUGUAGAUUUUUUUAAUUAUUGCUAUUUUUAUUAUUAUUAUUAUUAUUAUUAUUUUUAUUAUGUUUUUCUCCUAUUGAAAGCACUGCAGUCCUGGGAGGAGGAAGAGGGGAGUGUGUGUGUGUGUGUGUGUUGUGGGUGAAAGAGGUGAGCAGUGGAGUACCUGAGACAGCAGCUGGCUGUUAGGAGGACAUGAGUGGAAUGGAAUGGAUUCCAUAGGAAAACUCAUUGGCUGGGUUCAUCCCCCCUCUUCCCCAGCUGGUCUUUAACCGAACGCAAACUUGGUAGCAAACAUUUUAGCAAGAAAACUGACUCUUGCUGUGUCCUGUACCUGCUUUCAAUAGGACUCCAGAAAAAAAAGAGUCUUUCUGACGAUUUUGACAAGGUACAAAGUGGGAGCAGCAACCCGGUUUCCUUGCAUUUGCACAGUCAGGCUUCCCGUCAGACAGAGGGAAUCUGCAGGAUUUCCUGUUGCAUUUCAUAGGAGCAUGCUUACAGGCUGUGUGUGAAUGGGAUAUCAUUCCAAAGUGACCUUCUCCUGGGAAAUAGUGACAUUCACAACCUGCAGCAGGUGAGCAGGAAAUGACUUUGUAUUGUCAAUUCUCAUGAUUUCAUCAAAUGCCACAAUAGUUAAUCUGAGAGGGUUUUUUUUUUUUAAAGCCCCAGUCUCUGGAGUCAUGUAAUAGCACGUGAAUCUUCACUUCCAGUUUUUGCUGUGCAUUUCUGGCCCCCAAACUCACAGUAAAUAAACUUAUUGGAGCAGCAAUUGAAAUUUUGAAUUACAGAAAUGUACUGAUAACGGGUGUGAUUAACCAUUCACGCGUGUUGUGGAAAUUGGGAAAGUUUACUUGAGUUGGAGACAAAAGCUCGAGAGGUGCCUGGGUGUGGGGUGUGUCAUGAAAAAUGCAGGAGUUCCUAAGCCAGUUUCUUGCACAUGAAUUAUUGGCACAAUACUAAGACCCAGAUUUGGUUGUCAGGUUUGCUUGGGGUUUUUUUGGAAAUGGAUGAAUCUCUGUGGUUAAUGCAGCUGGUGGGUGCAGUGUGUAACUGCUGUGCCUGAUGCUUGUGUCACAGUACUUGAGUUACCAUUGUCACCCCAGCGUGUUCCGUGAGUCUGCAUCAGUGUGUCCUGCACUGUAGGAUGGGUGUGGAUCAAUCCUGGCAAGGCCUUCUAGAGCUCACUAGUCUGCAGCCAGUUGGGGCUGGUGUUCAGUGCUGGGUUCUUUGAGAUCAAAGCUGUUCUGGCUGCUGGGCUGUGACUUGGUGCUGAAGGCCGAGGAGCGGCCCUGGCUUGUUUGGGGUCAGCACAGACACACCGGGGGUUGUGCUCUGCAUUUGCUCAGCAGUGAUUACUUUUCCAUACUUUCCAAACUGUCUUCCAGCUCUAGGUCCUUGCUGACCUCUGAUAUUUUCUUCCUCAAACUGUGCCUUUAAGUUCCUCCUUCCUUCCUUCAUGUCUCACAGCCGUAGAAGCCUCUCGAGUCUGUAUUAACCUGUCGUGUGAGCGGCUCUUUGACACAAAACCUUUGCAACCCCCUGUUUGUGGAGUAUUUCUGUGGGAGCUGCAUCUCCCCACAGCUAUGUGCUGGAAUUGCACAGCUGCAGCACGGGAAACGUGUUCCCAGAAGUAGCCUUUUGGGAUGGGCAUGUGCGUUGCUGACUUGUUGCAGAGUGCAGAUAGUGGGGUGUGCUGUGACCGAGGCGUGAAAACAGCUGAUCUGCACUGAUAGAAUGAGGCAGAAGCAGAUGUGUUGUUCUGGGAGUGUGAGUCUGGCAUUAAUUGGGGAAAUGCCUUUCACUUGUGCUCCCCAGCGCCCUGGUACUGGCAGAGGGGCUGGCUCAGUUGUGUGGUUUGAUGCUGAAGGCUCUGUCUGAGGUGUCCACUUUGGUUUCUGCAGCAAAAUGCAAUAGGGGCAGCAUUUCAGCCUGGAUUUUUAGAGGGGAAAUGAUCCCUGCCCCAAGAUCCAUUUGUUUUGGUGAGGUCUGAUCACCUGUUUCAGUCGUGCAUCACUCUAACGAUGUACCUUCUGUGUGUUUCUCAAGCUUGUAGGAAAAAGUAGCGACUCUUUUAGAGUCUGACCCAUCAGUGUGGUCCUCACAGCUCGUUGCUGGGCUGGUUGUUUCUCUCCUAUUCCAGUUUCUCCCCUGAGGUGCAAAGUGUUCUCCUCCGAGUCCUGCCGCCGAGGAGAUGCUGCCUGCUGACCCCGGAGGGGGUGAGGGUUGCAGACUCAGUGCUGCAAGACUAGAAUUGAUCAGCUGCAGCACAAAACACUCUGCUCCUGGCAGCUGUCUCUCCUGGUUUGUUACCGAGCAGCUUUCCAGAGAAAUUUUCAGCCGCCUCAAGCUGACAAUAUGUGAAAAUGCCAGUUCCUGUUUCAUCCAGACUGAUAAAAAUUCAAGUGGCACUAAACCACGUGUCUGCUCGGGAGCAGGAGCCCUGCCUGGGCCUGAGCACGUUUGGGUUUAGACUCGUAGCCAGUGGGUUCUGCAGCAGCGAGGGAGGGAAUAGUGUGAUGUGUGUGAUGGGGAGCGUGACAGACACUGGGUUUGGGUUUGUACUCUGAGCAAAGGCACUGGGCUGUGUCUAAUCCUGUGCAAGGAAACAGAUGAAGGAGGGUAGGAAAAAUGGAAUAGCCUGUAGGAGGAAGGAAUACUCGUGUAUUCCUCAGACUGAACAGGAAAGUCGCCCCAUCCUGGCGUCUCGGUCAGUGCUGGCCAUGUUAGUACCUUUCCAGGAGGAUUCUUCCCAAACCUCAAAGCCACCCAGGCUUCUGAGUGCUCAGGGAAGCCGAGCAGCCUCUUGUGUGUGGCCUCGUGGCACACUGUGUGUGGUGUCUGCAGUGUGUGAGAGGUGGCCAGAGUGACAUGGGAUAGGCACUAAGAGGACAGAGGGAGCACAGCCUAGGGGCAGCAUCCUGUAAAUCCCUGUUCUUUGCAACUCUAGGAAUUCAGACCUUUUUUUUUUAAGGGAAAUAGAUUUCACAUCCAGGAAUUACAAGCUGUUUUUUCCCUGCUGUGUCAGAAAUGGGCAGCUAUGCAUAAAAGCACAGAUUCAUGCAGCUACACAUUUUGCCACGUUCCUCUCCAGUGGCAUAACUCAGGCAGGGGAUCUACAGGAGCCUGGAAAGGGAUGUGUGUACUUUCUAGUUAGAGAGUAUGAGGUGUAUUCACUAACAAAUUCUUUAUCCAUCUAAUAAAUCCUCUGAGAAAUGA